GGAAAUGUGAGCGUUCAUUGGUGCAAACAAGGCGGGAUUUGCUUCUAUUGGUCAAUACCGUUGGAUCCAUCUAUCUGCGAAAAAGAACGAGCAUACCGACGAACUUUAGAUGAUAUCGUACAUACAUUGUUAUAAUUACGUCAACAUAGAAACUUAAAUACUCCAUUUAACAUCAUCAUGAAUGCAAUAAACAUGAAUUGGUUAAGCUCAGCAGAGGGUGAAUCAUUGAUGCAUCAUUUUUAUGUAAAUUCAUCUAAGAAAAGAAGGUUUUAUGGUAUCUUGGAAAAGCCAUCAUUGCCAUCUUCCAUCGAGGAAGUUACUUAUAAAAUUUUUAUGAUUGGUAGAUCUGGCGUAGGAAAAACUUCUGUCAUAACACGUUUAGCUGGUUUUUCAGAACCCAACAACUAUGUUGAAACGAAUGGCAUAAAAAAGACAAAUGUAUUUUGGCCAGUAAAGAUAUGGGAUAAGAUCAUAUUGUUUAAAUUACAAUUUUGGGAUACAUCGGAAAGCAGUAUUAAAAAAUAUAAUCAUAUUUUACCAACAUGUAAAGAUAAAGUAGAUGCAAUCUGUUCUGUAUUUUCCUUCGAUGAUGUAACCAGUUUUAAUGACAUACCUUAUCUGAUAAACACAAUGAGUACAAUCAAAGAAAAACCUGCAAAUAUAGUAAUCGGCACAAAAUUUAAGCCAUGGUCAAAUUCAAUGGUGGAAGAAACUCAAGUUAAAGAAUUCGAAGAUAAGUGGAAAGUGAAGAUUAUUAAAAUUGAUUCUAAUAAAUUAACCAACAGAUCCGAGCUUUUUGACUGUUCUUACCAAUUAAAUACUAUUUGCAAUAUUUUGUGGAAUAGAGACAAAGAAUUUAUAUCGAAACAAAUUGUUCAAAGUUAAAAAACUAUUGAUUUAUAAUUAUUUCUAAUACGUCGUUAUAGAUGUACACAUAUUUCAUUAUUUUAAUUAUUACUUGAUUUAAUAUCAAAUAUAUUGAAAUAAUAAUUUUAAAGUUAUAUGAUUUUCGCGCGUUGAGUCGAUUGGAAGAUCAGCGAUAGUCAAGAGCCAAUCAGAUCGCAGCCGCCAUGAUUCCCCUCGUCAUUUACGUAGGAGCAGUUGUAGCAGACGGAUGACUAGCGUCAUAGUUACAAAUUUUUUCAUUUUCUAAAACGCUCGAAGAACUCUCGAAAUGGAAAUUCUAUUGAUCAAGAGAAGAUCGUAUAAGAAAGGGAUAACGCAGAUCUGCUAAAAAGACGAAGACAUUUGCGUCACGCUGGAAGGUUGUAACUCAUCCGAUGGAUUCGUAAACACUGUAGAGAAAGAGAGCGAGAGAGAGAAAGAGAGAGAGAGAGAGAGAGAGAGAGAGAGAGAGAGAGAGAGAGAGAGAAUCGUGCGUGGGGUGUUAUAGCUAUCUACAAGUAUACUGCAUGGAGAGAGUUGGACGUUUGGAUCGGACGGUUGGAAUAAGACGAGGAAAAUCGUCUGUAUUGAGUCGGUUCGCCGAACGUGAGAGCUUGUCAAAACAUGCGCCUAAGAAUACACGAUUCGUGAUCGGAAAUAGCAAGACGGUGGCCCGAAAUAAGCGAAUCGCAAGAUAAUGGAACGCGGGUGCAUCCUGACUUAAGUAGCGACGCAAGCGAGGAAGAAGAUGAGGAUGAAGAGGGAGGAGGGAAGGACGUCCGGACGUUGGCGUCGUGGCAUACCCUCGUCAGGUGUUACGUCCUCAGCCGUGGCAAGGCGGCAGUCGAUGACACCACGAACGAGACGAGCUUCUGGACGACGUGUCGCCACUCGACUUUACUUGGCACCGAAUCACGAGCGUCGUUAGACGUCGUGUGGGAGCUAACUUAAAGUCGAACGCUCGAUUGAUACGUUCGGCUUCGUGACGUUUGGAAUCUCCUGGAUAGAGUUCAGAAACGAAUGCGCUUGGAAUAUAGAGCGAUCACAACGAUCGGGCUUGCUCGACAGGUGCAUCGCUAAAAACUUCCUUAGCCCAAAUUUUACUACACCUAAUGUAUUUCGUUUGGCCCGUGAUCGUUGCCAAGAAAUAAUCCACGAUGGCAACAAAUCGUAAGAUUCUCACGUGAGAUAACUCGGUGUAAUCGCGAACAUAUGUUCCAUCCUGAGUUCAUCGUUCUCGAAUAAAGUAUGCGGAUGAGAGGAGUAUCCCAGUGAUGCGAGAAAAAUCUUUUAUUAUCCGACGAUGUACUUCCUCGAGCUUUAAUA